GUUUUUGUGACAUAUUGUUCGCUGAGUCACCGAAACGUUCAGUCGAAAAGAAUCAGCUCUACAAAACAUGCUGCAAAUUACGACCUCGCAUCAAAACCUUCUGACGAAGAAGAAAAAAGCAAAAACAAUAAAUGGACUUAAACGCUCGUCUUCAAUUUAUCGCUGCAUUCGAGGAAGAUCCUGUGGAGUUGACAAUGGAAUCAUCAAUUUUCGAAUCUUAUGUGCCGCGCAUGUUGGGCUCUUGUAGCACACUAGUCAAAAUGCCUGGCAAUCCUCUUGAUGUCAAAGCAUUUAAAGGCUCUGUGAAGAUACCUGGUCGAGCACCCUUUUUUCGUCAGCCUAAACUACCGCAACGUGUUCCAGCUGUUUCAAAGCCAAGAAUGAUUGUCGAACCAAAAUAUCCGUCAUUGACACCGAUACUUAUGACAGCGCAUUUUUCUGGUAUCAAUUUGAGACUGUACCACGUUGUGAGUCAAAGAAAUUCCCUGAGAAAAUUGGCGAUGAACGACGAGGAUUUUGUUGUAAACGUCGUUCGAUUCGGUUCAACUUUAUACCUCCGACGCUUCUUGCAUUAUCGUACGACGGACAGGAAUAACAUCGGAUUUCGAUUUGAAGAAAUGUGCACUGGUAGCAGAGAAAAUUUUGACUUUAAUCAGUUGAUCGAUGGGAGAAUUGGAGGAUAUAAAAUUUUGAUGAUGGGCAAAGUGGAAACUAUUCGGAAAGGAAGUGGUGAAUCCAUUGAGCUGAAGUGUCAAAAACAUCGUGCGAACAUGGCGGAUAAAGUUGAUUGGUGGCUUCAAGCCUACCUUAUUGGUACGAAAACCAUCAUUCAUGGACGUCGUACAGACUCCGAUGAGACGAUAGUAUCGUCAAUAGAAGAAUACGACAGGGAAACAAUGUUGGGCCGGCCACAAAAGAAUCUUUUAUUCAAUCGCUUGCACGGCGUUCUGAAAUUUUUGUUUUCAAACGUGACUUCUGAUCGUACGUUCAUGUUACGCGGAUACAAAGAUGAAAGGGGACAACGUCGAAUGCGAUUGUUCGAAGUUAUCGACAGUGUUGAUAAGCAAAAAUUGGAAUUCAUGACGAAAACGUUGAUCGGUACGUUCACUGUGGAUGGGUAAAUUGACUUUCUAUGUUAGGAAUC